UCUAUCCUGAACACCACCAAUUCUUAGCAUUUCUUUCUCUCAAAGCAAAAGAAGUAAUUGGUCUUUCUAGCUCUUUCUAAAGCUCUCAACUUUCUUUAGAUUUCCUCAAGAAAACAUACUAAAAUGGCCAUCAGAAAAUCAAACAAGUUGCCACAGGUUGUACUUUUGAAGAAAAUUUUGAAAAGGUGUUCGAGUUUGACUAAAAAACACGGCUAUGGCGACUUAGACCACAUUCCCAAUGACGUACCCAAAGGUCAUUUUGCAGUUUACGUUGGAGAAAAUCGAACUCGAUACAUCGUACCAAUUUCUUUCUUGAAUCACCCCGAGUUUCAAUGCCUCCUUCGUUGCGCUGAGGAAGAAUUUGGCUUUGAUCACGACAUGGGCAUCACCAUUCCCUGCGAAGAAGUCAUUUUCCAAUCAUUGACUUCCAUGCUGAGAUAAUAAAUUAUUUGAAAAGAAGAAAAAGAGUGAAUAGUAGGUGUAAUGUUUUGGAGUGAAGAAAGAUGGGUUCAAGAUGAAGCAAUUUAAUCUUUUUUGCUUCUCUUUUUUGUAACAUCUUUCUUCACUUCUUUUUUUUUUUUUUUUUUUUUUGUGACUUUCCUCUAACCCUGACCUAGGAAUCACAUGGAUAUUAGUAGUGGUUUUUUAUGGGUUGGAAUCAGAUUUGUAAACAAAUCUUGGAGUUUUUUUUUCCUUGCAGUGGUGUUCUUAAGCACCCUGCGAGAGAAGUGAAUGUCAGCUCUCAAUCUAUUUUAAUUGCCAUCUUGGAUACAAA